AUGGACAAGUCCCUCCUGCUAAGACUCCCCAUUCUGCUUUGCUGCUUUCGAGCACUCAGUGGGAGAUCUGCUUUCACUUCUACUUCGCUCCUCUCUGGCCCCCAUUUAGGAACUGUUCAGUGUAGGAUGUGCCACCUCGAGUUUCCAGGAGAGAAGUGUUCCAGAGGCAGAGGAAUAUGUAUUGCAAUAAGAGACGAGUCUUGCAUGACUGGGACGAUUUUCAGAAAUGAUGGUACUCUCUGGUUAACUUUCAAGGGCUGCCUAAGGAACUGUGCUAAUGUGAACAAUAUAAAAUGGAGUGUCUAUUUGGUGAACUUCAGGUGCUGCAGGAGCCAUGAUUUGUGCAAUAAAUAG